GUUUAGACAAGCAGCUCCACAGAAAAGGUGGUCUAAAGAGGAAACUGUUUGUCUGUGUUGCUAUCUACACUUCUCUGCAUCGUUGUCUAGAAAACAGGUGAUGGAGACACCAAUGGCUGUUGAGGAUCUACAGAGAAGGAGGGACGUUGAGUCUAGAGAGAACUUGCACUCUGGAGAGGACUCCAUGGAGGAGGCACAUUCUGUGGAGAGCAGCCUUAUGGCAGCACUAACCCACCAUGAGAGAAGCAUGUACGGUGCCGGAUUUGCGGCUCAAGCACACAUCACUGAGGUAGUAAGCCCCGUGGAGAGGUGUGUGGAAUAUACCUUUGUCCAGGUGCAGGUGAACAUGGACAGUGUGGGGCUGCUUUUUGAGGAGUGCAUCAAGAAGGUGGGCCAUCUAGAAAGUCAAAGGGAUGAAUUGAUACUGGAGCUGUUGCAGCGAGAGCAGCCCAUGCUGCAAGCUACUGUGGCCUUGAGGGGACAGUUGUUAGAGGCACGUAGAGUUCUCACCAGUGUCCAGUUGGAGUUUAUUCAUCUGCAAAUAGAGGUGGGACAAGUGAAGAGUAAGCUGUUUGUCACAGCCAGGGACUGUAUCCAGAGCCAGCUAGCGCUGGCUGCACAGCAGUAUGAGGUGGCCCAGGCUGCAAUCACACAGGAGGAGCUCCGGGCCCACGUCCAGAAUCUUACAGAGGAGGUAGCCCAGCUUCAGGAAGCCCAGCACAACCAGCUGAACACCCUAAAGGACCGGGCCAGACAACCAUCUCGUCCCCGGGCUAUGAGCGAUGUCACUCACUGCCGACGAGCAUCCCUGGACCUGCAGAAGCGCCUCAGUGGCAGCAUGAGUAAUCUAGAAGGCUGGUAUGAGCCACGCCUGCUAGCCCUCCUCCGGAGGAGGCAGGCUGGGAAGGAGACCCUGAGAAGGAGCAGGGAUGUGGGCCGAGACCUUAAGGCCAGACUGGGGCCCCUGAAGGAGCAGACCCAGAGGCUGGAGCUGCAGAGAGCUUGUCUAGAGGAGAGGAUUGCUCUAAUGGAGAGGGAGAGGGUGGAGAGAGUGGCACAGUAUAAGGAGACUGUGGACUCGCUUGAGGAGACCAUGAGGAAGCUGAAGUUGGAGCUUUGCAUUCAGAAAAAGGCAAACAGACAAUUGGAAGAAUUGAAGAAGGGACUUUUGAGUGAGCUGAACUAUGACAGGGGCUGUAUUGAAGUGAGCGAAACAACUGCUGAAAGGGAGUCCUAACUUUUCCAUACUUAUCAAUGGAAGUAGAACUAUUGACUAAAUAUCCAGGACCCCUCAGACCAAACAUGUUUUACUGUGUUUGCGAGUAUCCUUGAUGGUGC